GUCAGUGGUUUCCAUGGUGAUGGAGCUGAAAGUGCAGGAAAUUUAAAGGCUUGGACCCUGCGAGACAGACAAACCGGUGCCAACGUGCGCGGACGCCGCCGCCGCCGCCGCCGCCGCCGCUGCUGGAGUCCGCCGGGCAGAGCCGGCCGCCGAGCCCCGAGCAGGCGGAGGGAAGUGCCCCAGGAGCCGCUCAGCCUGCGGCGCUGCGCACAGCCGCCCGGCUAGGAGCUGCGAGAGGAGGAGGAGGAGGAGGGGAGAGCAGCUCGUCCACGCGCCCUGCGCCGCCGCCAGCCGGGCCAAAGCAGCGAGGAGCCGGCGUCCCCGGAGUCCCAACGGCAGCCCUGGAGUCCUCUCGGAUGCCCCGCCGCGGUCGCCGCCCAGAGUAGAUCGCGGAGAGGAGUUGAAGCUAACUUGCUUGCCUUUUUUUUUUUUUUUUUUUACCGCCCCGGUGGGAGCCGGCGCUGCGCGAAGAGCUCUCCCCGCAGCUCAUGCUGCCCGCCCUACGCCUGCCCAGCCUCGGGUGAGCCGCCUCCAGGAGGGACGGGGGAGUGCGGCGGCGCCGCGGGCUCGGGGUGCUCUCCUCCUGGGACGCGGGACGAAUCAGCAGCCCCGGGGCGCGCACCGGAGGCAUGGAGCGCUGCCCCAGCCUGGGGGUCACUCUCUACGCCCUGGUGGUGGUCCUGGGGUUGCGGGCGGCACCGGCCGGCGGCCAGCACUACCUCCACAUCCGCCCGGCUCCCAGCGACAACCUGCCCCUUGUGGACCUCAUCGAACACCCGGACCCUAUCUUUGACCCCAAGGAGAAGGAUCUGAACGAGACGCUGCUGCGCUCCCUGCUCGGGGGCCACUACGACCCGGGUUUCAUGGCCACCUCGCCCCCCGAAGACCGGCCCGGUGGGGGCGGCGGCGGGACGGCUGGGGGCGCCGAGGACCUGGCCGAGCUGGACCAGCUGCUGCGGCAGCGGCCGUCGGGGGCCAUGCCGAGCGAGAUCAAAGGGCUGGAGUUCUCCGAGGGCUUGGCCCAGGGCAAGAAGCCUCGCCUGAGCAAGAAGCUGCGGAGGAAGUUACAGAUGUGGCUGUGGUCGCAGACCUUCUGUCCUGUGCUGUACGCGUGGAACGACCUGGGCAGCCGCUUCUGGCCGCGCUACGUGAAGGUGGGCAGCUGCUUCAGCAAGCGCUCGUGUUCCGUGCCCGAAGGCAUGGUGUGCAAGCCGGCCAAGUCCGUGCACCUCACGGUGCUGCGGUGGCGCUGUCAGAGGCGUGGGGGCCAGCGCUGCGGCUGGAUUCCCAUCCAGUACCCCAUCAUUUCUGAGUGCAAGUGCUCCUGCUAGAACUCCGGGACCCCAGCCCGCACCGGGACACUUGGCGCGAACCCUUCCGACACCCCCCCACACAUCGCCUCCAACCAGUUCCACAACCCUCUGGCGAGGGUUUUCAAUGAACUUUUUUUUCCCUACAGAGACCUAGCCUUCUGGUUCAUGUAAUGCACUGUUUAACUGUGUAGGAAUGUAUAUGUGUAUAUAUAUGGUCCCAGUUUUAAUUUACUUAUUAAAAGGUCAGUAUUAUACGUUAAAAGUUACCGGCUUCUACUGUAUUUUUAAAGAAAAAUAAGCAAAAGGAAAAAAAAAGAAGAGAGAAAAGAGACACUUAUUCUGGUUGUUGCUGACAAUGUUAACCUGCUAUUUAUAUUCCAGUGCCCUUCGCAUAGCGAAGCAAGGCGGGGGGAGUGUAUUUUUUUUCUUCAAAUACAAAAAGUGGGGAAGAACUUUUGUAGAAGGACUUUUUAAAAGCUAUUUUCCAUUCUUCGGAAAGUGUUUUGGUUUUUCCUUGGACCUCGAAGAAGCUAUAGAGUUCAAUGUUAUUUUACAGUUAUUGUAAAUAUAGAGAACAAAUGGAAUGACUAAUCAUUGUAAAUUAAGAGUAUCUGCUAUUUAUUCUUUAUAAUAUCCCGUGUAGUAAAUGAGAAAGAAGUGCGGAGCAGGAUUAAAGAAAACCACUAAAACCGACUGUGCUCCA